GGAAAUGCGUUUUGUUAAAAAAAUUAUUAAAUUCAGAACGUCGAUGAGCGUAUCCGGUUUCGAAAACGUCUCCGUGAGGUUACUUCUUUAUUCCACUCUACUACAUAUUUACUCACUUCCUACAUAAACGUGGCAAUUUAAAUGAUAAUAUGUUGCAUGAUGAGGGAUACAUCUACACCCAUCAAUCACAUCCUCCAGCUACAACAUGAAUAAUUUAACAAACAAUAACCCAUUCGGACACACAGCAUCCAGGUGUCACUUAUUAAAGUCAUGGUCUUCAAUUAUUUGAUGACAGACCGGAAUAAUCGUGUGACCUAAACUCAAAGCGCUGACUUUUUUCCUUUUGUUUAGAAGCUUGGCUAUUGAGGGUUGAACUUUAUUAUUGGCCAUUUUGAAGAUGCAGCUACUGUACUAAAAUUUAAAAUAAAUCCAGCCAGUGUUCAGCCGCAGGAAGCUAUGAACUGAACAGCUGCACGGUCAACGGAUUCCUUUAGGCCGAGAGGAUUUUCCAGCAUCUGGGCAGGUUAAAUAUUGAUCGUUGUGUACAUACAGAGAACGACCACAGAGGCCUCCCUGUUGACCAAUGUGCACCUUCUCCCUUUGGAAUGUGAGUGGGACCUGUUGACAAUCGGCCCUCCUGCUCAAUCACGCUGCGUGCAAAAUAAUUGGGUGUCGUCCCUGAAAAUUGAACGCAUGCCCGGGCUAGCGCCCUUGUGUACUUGUCGGAUAAUCGAGGCAUCGGGCUCAAGUGAUUGCUGGCAAUGUUGCUCUGCAGGUUGUGCGGUGGCGUAGAUGGAGUUAUUUGUUUCCAGGGUAGCCGACAGGGGAAUGUGGGAGGUCUUCCCUGACUCAUACCCGCCGUGCUGAUAUGCAGGUGAUUUUAUGGCUGUACAACCCAUGACAGCAAGAGUUAACCCUGGAACUGGAAGAAAGUCUUUUAACUUUAAACGUAUCAAGCAAUGAGGAAGUUAAGCAAACGUAAUCAUCCCCGAUUACUGCGCCUGUGACUCUGUUCACUGCAAUUGCAUUAAUUGUCAACGUCAUCGUUCUUUUCAAGUGGCACAAAUUAAAAGAGACGGGGUUUAAAGGAGGGAAGCGAAGCUCCAUUUGGCCAUUGAGGAGCAGUGACGCUGCUGUCGACACGCAGCAAACCUCCCGCAGUUACGUUAGUAUUUGUUGAACAGGAUCCUGUCCGACUGGCAGGUGGGCCGGGUGAUGCUGAUGGACCAGGAAACUCAGUGGCUGUACCAUCUCCUGGUUGAGGUCCAGCUGGAGAAGUUCUACACGCGCGUCCGAGAUGGCCUCAACAUCACCCGCAUCGAGCACUUCAACUACGUCAAGGAGUCCGACCUGGAGCAAGUCGGGAUCAGCAAACCCGCACAAAGAAGAUUAUGGGAAGCCCUGAAACGCUACAAGACGAGUUCCCGAACCCGGCAAUGGCUUCCCAAGGCGGGCGGCGGUCGAGGUCCAGACGGAGGGGAGCAGCGCGGCCCGGCUCAGGCUCAGGCUCAGGAGGGAGUCAGCCGGACCCUCCCGUGUCUGAUCCAGGACAGCGAGCUGAUCAUGGGAGAGAAGCUGGGCUCCGGCUCCUUCGGGGUGGUGAAGAGGGCCGAGUGGCACACGCCCACCGGCAGAGUGUUGCCUGUAGCAGUGAAGUCCCUGAGGAGCAGCAUGUCCCGGCAGACGGACACACUGACCGACUUCCUGCAAGAGGUCACCACCAUGCAGUCGCUGGACCACCCCAACAUCAUCCGACUCUACGGCGUGGUGCUCACGCAGCCCCUCAAGAUGGUGACCGAGCUGGCGCUCUCGGGCUCGCUGUACGACAUCCUGCGCUCGCGCCAGUACGACUACCCGCUGAUGCGCCUGUGGUUCUUCGCGUCCCAGAUCGCGGCGGGCAUGGACUACCUGGAGACGCGGAGGUUCAUCCACAGGGACUUGGCCGCGAGGAACGUGCUGCUGGCAUCCAGGGAGAUGGUGAAGAUCGGGGACUUCGGCCUGAUGCGAGGCCUGAACAAAGAGACGGAUCACUACGUGAUGUCGGCACACAGGAGGAUCCCGUUCGCGUGGUGCGCUCCGGAGAGCCUUCGCGUCGGGACCUUCUCGCACUCUUCGGACGUGUGGAUGUUUGGUGUCACCAUGUGGGAAAUGUUCACCUACUGUGAAGAACCCUGGUUCGGCCUUUCGGGCAGACAGAUUCUGUGGCGCGUGGAGAGGGAGGGCGAGCGCCUGGAGAAACCGCCCGAUUGCCCCAAAGAGCUGUACGCCGUCAUGCGGAAGUGCUGGGCCUGCAAUCCCACGGACCGACCCAGCUUCCUCCAGCUCAUCAAGAUGGUGGCCGAGGCUAAACCAAAGGAGGGGCGCGCGACGAGAGAUUUCUCUGAAUCCAGAAAACUCGCACUGGCGGCCAACGACCCCGUGACCGUCAUAGAACACGGACUGGAGCUGAGCGAGUGGCGAGGCCAGAACCAGAAGACGCUGGCGGUCGGCUGGUUUCCCGCCAGCCUCGCCGCCCCGGCGGCCACUCCCAGCGGUGGCGGUGGCAGCGGCAGCGGUGGCAGCGGCGGCGGCGGCUCGGGCCCCGUCCCUUACAUCUCGACCCCGCUGAACGGCAGCCUGCACCACGCGGGCCACGGGGACAUCAAGCCCGAGCGCUGCUGGGGGGCGCCGGAUAACCUGGACGACAGCUGGAAGACGGGCAGGGAGGGCUCCAAUCUGAAGAAGAUGGAGGGUCUGUCUCAGAGCCUGGAGUCCGUUCUGGGGGCUCAGCGGCCCAGGGCGCAGACGGUCGGGGCUUUCCGAGUGGACCAGCAGGGCAGACUCCUGCCCCCCGAGCUGAUGGCGGUUCGCAACGCGGCGAUGCAGAAUGACCCCCGGCGGUUCAGCGAGGCCAGUAUCAACCCGCCUCCCCGGCCGCCGCUGCCCAACCUGAAACGCUUGAACCUGAAACCCCCGAGGAGGCCGGCGGCCCAGCCGGGCAGCCCGUGGCCCGCGCUGACGUCGCCGCCGCCGCAGCAGCCUCCGCAGCAGCCUCCGCCUCCAUCGCGGUACCCACCUCACCAGGGCAACGGGGGCUCCAACCUGGCUAGAAUGGCACACAUGGCGCGCUCGACCCCUCAGCUGGACGAGCACGCGGACAACAGGGAGCGGGUCAGGGAGCGGGAAAAGGCCCACGCGCAGAACACCAGGGAGUCGCUCACCGCGCAGAUCAUGGAGGCGGUUCACGGGGUGACCAUUGAAGAGGUUCACGCCGCGCUCCAACACAGCGACUGGAACCCCGUGCGAGCCGAACAACAACUCAAGUUGGAGCAGCUGUACUUGCUGAGCCUCUGCUCCAGAGAAGACUGCGUGAGGAUCCUCUCCAGAUACCAGUGGAACCUGCAGCUGGCCAGCAGCCACCUGCUCCGAUGGGCGCAGGAGGAGAGGGCCGGCCCGGGCGACAGGCUCUCUGUUAGUUUGGAAAGACGAGUCUGAAGGGAUUUCUAGCAGAUUUCUUUUUUUUUGCAUCUUUUCCAUUCAUAAGCGUUGACUUGAGCAGGGGCCAUUCUGGCGUAACUAUGGGAACAGAUGGGAGUUCCUUUGAGUGGAAAAGAUAAGCUCUAUGAAUGAAAAGACAUUUUGAAAAACUCUUUUUUUACAGAGAUGCUGUUGAGCACAUUUUGUUCAUCUUGUCAUUUUUUUUUAAUGCAUUUGUACAUAUUGUAUGAGAAAUGAUUGUUUAUUGAAUAAAUGUGGUGAUCUGGUC